AAAAUUGUGAAACUGUUGGCCAUUUAAAGAAAUGGGUAGUGUUGCAUGAAUGUCCUGAACUGCUUCCUCAUUCCUUGGCUUUUAUUGCACAUUUACAUCCGGCUGUCCUUUAUAUCGUCCUUUAUUUCGAUUCAAACCCUCUUUUAUCCCACAACUCCGGACCGCACACCUCCCCACGCAAUUCACACCUGCAACUAAUCUUCUGCCUCUCAUUUAUUUCGUCUCACCUACCAUGCCCACGUCCUUUCUCGCUUGUGUCACACAAACAACCAACCACUGAAACAGAAAAACUGAAAGAAAAUGUCCCUCCUGCUUUAUAAGAAUCAACCCACAACACAGAAAGAUUGACAUUGGUGUAUGCAAGCAAGCAAAUCAUGGGAUUUGCGCACCCUGUGGAGGAUGCCAAUGCAGGGAGCCUCUUCGGUGGGCUGACAAGCGAAGAAUUCUAUGAAAAACAUGGUGUGGUUCACCGGGAUGCUCUGAUGCAGAACAAGGGCGGAAUGAACAUUUUCACUCAAUCAUGGCACCCGAAACACGCCCUUCCUUUGAAGGGUCUGGUCGGGGUCGUUCAUGGCUUCACCGGCUCCACCAACUGGCUCGUGCAGCUCACCGCCAUCGCCAUCGCAAAGCAAGGUUUUUGCGUUUACGCGCUUGAUCACCAGGGCCAUGGCUAUUCCGAGGGCCUGCGGGCUCAUAUUCCUGAUAUAAAGCCUGUCGUUGAUGACUGCCUGCAGUUUUUUGACUACGCCCGGGCUUCGAACCCGGACCUGCCGGCCUUCUUGUACUCGGAGUCGCUGGGCGGCGCUAUUGCGCUGCUGAUUCAUUUGAGGCAGAGGGAUGUCUGGGCUGGUGCUGUGCUUAACGGUGCCAUGUGUGGGAUUUCCGCCAAGUUUAAGCCCCCUUGGCCUCUGGAGCACCUGCUGUCGAUCGUGGCGUGGGCUGCGCCAACGUGGGAGAUUGUGCCUACUAAGGCUUUACCUACGGUCUCAUUUAAAGUGGAGUGGAAGCGCAGCUUGGCUAUCAAGGAUCCUCACAGGUCUAUGUCACGGCCACGUGCUGCCACAGCACUGGAGCUCCUCAGGAUUUGUGGCGAGCUACAGACUAAGUUCAGUGAGGUCACAUUGCCGCUGCUGAUUGUGCAUGGAGCAGAGGAUGUGGUCUGUGAUCCAGAGUGUGUCAGGGCUCUGUAUGAGAAUGCUGGGAGUGAGGAUAAGACACUCAAGAUUUAUGAGGGUAUGUGGCACCAGCUUGUUGGUGAGUCGAAUGAAGAUGUGAGCAAGGUUUAUGGGGACGUUUGUGAUUGGCUUUGUGAGCAGGCUGAUAAGGCCAGGCGAGCAGAAUAAUGGUGUACAGGUUUCUGAAUGUCAACAUUGUAUGCAGAUUAUGUCAAUAUAUAAUAUUGGUGGGUUUGAAUCAAUAGAUAUGGUUGUUGUGUACCAAUUUCUUGACGAAAUGGUAUUCCGUAGAAUUAAAUCAAAUUGCUGCAAUGAUCUCUGUUAAUAGAGAUAAUACAUUCACAAGCAACUUGGUUUACCUGAUCUUUUAGCUUCAUCAUUUGUAUUUUCAUGGCUGAAAAUGUAAAUGGAUUCUAAUAAUAAAAAGUAAGUCAUUUUAGUGCUA